UAUUCUUGUUUGUUCAGGGUUAAACAAAAGGAAGUAAUUAAGAAGGAAACCACUAAAAAAGCAGAACCUGCAGUGUCAGAAGAGGAGGAGACUGAAGAAGAACCAGAAACUCCUAAAAAGUCUUCACAGAAGACGCUGCCUUCAAAGAAACCUUCCUCUAAGGCUCUGAAAAAGAAGCGGUCCGUCAUUGUUCAGCCAGAGGAAGAGACUGAGACUUCUGAGGCAGAGCCUGAGACUUCAGAGGAAGAGCAGGAAAAGCCAAUCAAGGUUAAGCAAAAGAAAGUGAUUAAGAAGAAAAUCACUAAAAAAGCAGAACCUGCAGUGUCAGAAGAGGAGGAGACUGAAGAAGAACCAGAAACUCCUAAAAAGUCUUCACAGAAGACGCUGCCUUCAAAGAAACCUUCCUCUAAGGCUCUGAAAAAGAAGCGGUCCAUCAUUGUUCAGCCAGAAGAAGAGACCGAGACUUCUGAGGCAGAGCCUGAGACUUCAGAGGAAGAGCAGGAAAAGCCAAUCAAGGUUAAGCAAAAGAAAGUGCACAAAAAGAAGACCACUAAAAAAGCAGAACCUGUUGUGGCAGAAGAGGUGUCUGAAGAGGAACCAGAACCUCCAAAAAAGUCUAAGAAAAAACCUUCCAAGAAACCUUCUUCUAAAACUCGGAAAAAGAAGCAGUCCGAUGUUACUCAGACAGAUGAGUCUGUAUCAGAAGAAGAGGAAGCAGAGGAAGAGCAGCAAAAGCCAAUCAAGGUUAAACAAAAGAAAGUGCCUAAAAAGAAGAUCGCUAAAAAAGCAAAACCUGUAGUGACAGAGGAGGAGUCUGAGGAGGAACCAGAACCUCCAAAAAAGAUCACUAAGAAAAAGGCAGAAGACGAGGAGGCUGAAGGUCCAAAGCCUCUGAAGAAGUCUUCUAAAAAGAAACUGAAAACCACUGACAAAGCAGAAGACAAGGAGGCUGAAGAUGUACCAGAACCUCCAAAAAAGUCUUCUAAGAAAAAAUUAGCUCCCAAGAAACCAUCCUCUACGGCUCUUAAACAGAAGCUAAAACCGCUUCCUGCGAAAGAUGAGGAGCCAAAAGAUGCCGCAGAAGAAGAGAAGCCAGAGAAGAGCAAGACUCAGCAGGAUGGUACUAAAAAGAAAAUAAAGCGAAAAGUAAGACGCCCAGCUAGGAAACCUAAAAGGGUUAUGAAAGUUGUAAGGCCAAGAACCUCAAAGAAACCAUCAACUAAAAAAGAUGCCACGGAAAUUGUGGCUGAUCCAAAGAAAGGUGAUUUAGAGGAUGAAAAGGAAAUUGCUAAAGAAGGCAGUAGUGAAAAGAAGGCACUUGUACCAGAAAAGGGGCCUGCAAAGACUAAAAAAAUUUACAAGAAAGGAUCCCAAAAGAAAAGAUCACUGGUCAAACGUAAACCUAAAAAGGGCAGUAGUGCAAAGAAGGUACUGGCAGUAAAAGGUCCAGCAAAAACUGUGAAAAGUUCAAAGGAAAAAUCCAAAAAACAUGAUUCAGAGGCUGGAAAGGAGACUAAAGAAGGCAGUGGUGCAAAGAAGGCACCUCCAGUAAAAGCACCAGCAAAGAAGGCACCUCCAGUAAAAGCACCAGCAAAGAAGGCACCUCCAGUAAAAGCUCGAGUAAAGAAGGCACCUCCAGUAAAACCUCGAGCAAAGAAGGCACCUCCAGUAAAACCUCGAGCAAAGAAGGCACCUCCAGUAAAACCUCGAGCAAAGAAGGCACCUCCAGUAAAACCUCGAGCAAAGAAGGCACCUCCAGUAAAACCUCGAGCAAAGAAGGCACCUCCAGUAAAACCUCGAGCAAAGAAGGCAUCACCAGUAAAAGCUGUAGUAAAGAAGGCACCUCCAGUAAAAGCUGUAGUAAAGAAGGCACCUCCAGUAAAAGCUGUAGUAAAGAAGGCACCUCCAGUAAAAGCUGUAGUAAAGAAGGCACCUCCAGUAAAACCUCGAGCAAAGAAGGCACCUCCAGUAAAAGCUGUAGUAAAGAAGGCACCUCCAGUAAAACCUGUAGUAAAGAAGGCACCUCCAGUAAAACCUCGAGCAAAGAAGGCAUCACCAGUAAAAGCUGUAGUAAAGAAGGCACCUCCAGUAAAAGCUGUAGUAAAGAAGGCACCUCCAGUAAAACCUCGAGCAAAGAAGGCACCUCCAGUAAAAGCUGUAGUAAAGAAGGCACCUCCUGUAAAAGCUCGAGCAAAGACAGCAGUAAAACGUCCCACCAAGCCUUGGAAAACAUUUAAAUUUAAAUCUAAGAAAGUCUCACCAAAGACUGUAAAGCCUCAUAAGUAAGUGAAUAUCUAACCUGCGACGACAGAGCUACAGUUUGCAGCUGAUACUCCAGCACAUUCAAGCGACACAAACGACGAUCCCACUACCUGUAUCAAAUUAUUUUAUUUCCAUUUAUUUUUAUUUUUUUAAAUAUAAUAAAAUAAAACUAUAUUUUUAUAUUAAAUAAAUAUGUGUUGUGUUGAAAUUUCCAGAAAAAAUAUCUUCUUCCUAAAAAUGAAGUGUUUUAAUAUGAUUUUGCUUUAAGGCCCAGUAUCUUUUAGCUGUGCCAGUUGGUUUUAUACAAGGACACGGCAUAUGUUGUGCCACAUGUUUCAGGGGUGAUGCGCAUGACACUGGCACUGCAGUUAUGCCGUUUUUCGGAGGCAUUUUGCAUUACGAUGACUCUAUUUAUUCUACUAAGUUGAAUUUGUGUGCAAUUAUGACUAAGAAAUCAACAGUAGAGAACAUACCUUUAAUUAGCCUCCCCAAACCAAAAAACAAUCUUCAGCCUAUGGGCAUAACGACAAUGCACUAGACCCUCCCAUAAAAACAUUUGCAGCCCAUACAUGACCCUCACUCCGCCCACCAGCCAGCUUGUGUCCCUGGCUUCCCACCCACUUGAGAGAGAGAGAGAGAGGAUAACAUACCUCCCAACAACGGGACUACUGAUUUUGACAGCUCAACC